GGCAUCACCACUGUUUAACGAGGCACCAGCAAAGAGUCGCAGCCAGUGUGGCAGCUGGGAAUGUGAGGGUUUCAACACAGACCGCUAUUUUCAGGGCAUUGGAACAGUAGCGGGGCUGGCCAGGAGGACGAGGCUCAGCCCACAGCUCUACUCCAACCAGCACACUUGUUUAAUCUGAAGUCCAAACGGGGCAACCUACGUUUUCUGUCCAGGCUGUCGGUGUGUUCUCGGACCGCAUCAGAUGGUCAACGGACAGCCGUUGGUGGCUCACUGCGGGGCUGCGUGCUAGAGGGAACCAGUCGGGGCACCGUGUUUGUUACCCCGCGUACGUACGUCAACACCUUACCUCCUGCCUGGUGAGUCUGGUUAAAAAUGCAGUGAAGAGUCACCUGUUUAUCCAUAAUCUUUGCGUGCCCCGCUGUGAAACGCUCGGUUAAAUGCGCCUGUUUCCUUACUACCAAACCACUCAAGUCAACGACGAUGGACUGAAAUCUGCGGCGGGCGCGAGCGACACACAACCUGCCGCGAUUUCCUGCAUGUAAACAAAUAAAUGAUAGAGGAUACAAUGACCCUGCUGUCUCUGUUAGGUCGGAUCAUGCGUUAUUUUCUGCUUAGACCGGAGACCCUGUUUCUGCUGUGUAUCAGCCUGGCUCUGUGGAGUUACUUCUUCCACACGGACGAAGUGAAGACCAUCGUCAAGUCCAGCCGGGAUGCGGUCAAGAUGGUCAAGGGGAAAGUGGCUGAGAUGAUGCAGAACGAGCGGUUCGGCGGGCUGGACGUCCUGGACGCGGAGUUCUCCAAGACAUGGGAGUUCAAGAGCAACAACGUGGCCGUGUACUCCAUCCAAGGCCGGCGAGACCACAUGGAAGACAGGUUCGAGGUGCUCACGGACAUCGUCAACAAGAGUCAUCCGUCUAUAUUUGGGGUUUUUGAUGGCCAUGGAGGAGAGGCUGCGGCUGACUUUGCCAAGGCCCACCUGCCUGAGGCUCUCCGCCAACAGCUGCUGGCCUAUGAACGGGAGAAAGAGCGGGACAGAGACAAAGACAAGGAGAAAGAUGAAAAAAAGGACAGGGGCGGCCUGUCCUAUCCGUCCAUCCUGGAGCAGCAGAUUCUGACUCUGGACAGAGAAAUGCUGGACAAGCUGUCUGCCACUUACAACGAAGCAGGUACCACAUGUCUGGUGGCCCUGCUGUCUGAUAAGGAGCUGACGGUGGCCAAUGUUGGAGACUCGCGUGGAGUCCUUUGCGAUAAAAAUGGAAACGCCAUUCCUUUAUCGCAUGACCACAAACCUUACCAGCUCAAAGAGCGCAAGAGGAUCAAGAAGGCUGGAGGUUUCAUCAGCUUCAAUGGCUCAUGGCGUGUCCAGGGCAUCUUGGCCAUGUCCCGUUCGCUGGGCGAUUACCCUCUGAAAAACCUCAAUGUGGUCAUUCCUGAUCCUGACAUCAUGUCGUUUGACCUGGACAAGCUUCAGCCGGAGUUCAUGAUCCUGGCAUCGGACGGCCUGUGGGACACCUUCAGCAACGAGGAGGCGAUUCGCUUCAUCAGGGAGCGACUGGACGAGCCUCAUUUUGGUGCCAAGAGCAUCGUCCUCCAGUCCUUCUAUCGUGGUUGCCCUGACAACAUCACCGUCAUGGUGGUCAAGUUUAAAGGCGAGGUCAGCGAGCAGUAGACUGGUGGUCUACAUAUUAUGUUUGAAUAUAAGUGAGAAUAAAAUAGGAUUAGGAUGAAAGAUUUAAAAAAAAAAACGAGCAACUUUUUGAGAGAAACUAUUUCUAUCACAGAAAUUUAUAGAAGUUAGCCCUCCAAUGCAUCAAACCACACGCCGUCCCCCUCCUCUACUUUUACUGCUGAUAAAGUGACACAUUUAAGAAAAUGUCUUUAAUUUGGGCUUAGCCUUGUUGUUCAGACGCCGUAAAGUGAGCUGGGUCACUGUUAUGCAAAUAAGCAGAUUUAGCUGUGUGCGGCAAUGCACACAUUGGUGUGUGUGUGUGGGUGUGUGUGUGUGUAUGAGAGAGAGGGAAAGAUGUUUGUCUUCGUGUGAUAAACUUGCAUUGCAUACGAGUGUUACAUUAACAACCAAUCCAUUGUCUAACCAAUAAUGAUAAAUUUUAAGUACACUAGAUAGCAUGGAGUUUCACUUUCACAUUAUUGUGUCUUUAACUGAAUGUCUGUGUAACCAAUGAUUUUAUAUUUUUAGUUUCCCAGCUCUGUUUCCACAUCAGUUAGCUGUAUUGACGUCUGCUGAGUGUCUGUCCCGAAAAGUCUGAUGUUUAACUUGUCAGCAGGUUAUCUUUUCCCAGAUCAAACACAAAUCACUGGUGCAAACCACACAAAUUUAUUCCCUUUAUACAUGAGCACCACAAAUGAUGAAUAUGCACAUGCUUGUUCAAAUAUCACCAUUCAUAUUGUACAGCAGGAGAUCUUAUUACAUAUGAACAUGGGGGUUGUUUGGUCUUGAGUUGAACUCUGACUUCUCAUGAUGUCUGUUUCUGUGAUGAGAAAGUCUCAUUUCUGUUUUGAUUGUUGAUAUAUUCUAAGUCUCUAGUUUGAUUUGUUCUGUUCAGCCCCACCGUCACACUGUACCCACAUAAACUGCUGAUAAUGUAAUGUAAAUCUCACUUUAAAUGGGUUUAAAAUGUAAGGUUUUUUUUAAUUAUAUUAUUCAGUAAUUUACGUUACAGCACUUUCAACGUGUUUCUUUUUUAAAUACUAAAACACAUGCUGUUCUUUUAUCUGACUUUUUGUACAUUAUCAUUUACUACAGCCCUCAUGUGAUAUAUAAAUAUGCUGAAACUGACAACUUACUGUUUCUAUGCCAUCUGUUGAGGUCACCUUCACUUGGAGACAAAUCCUUCAUCCUGAUACGGGAUACCACAUCCCUCCCCCCAACCUUAACUCAAAAUGUAACAGACCUUUGAAUGAAAUGUGUUAUUGCUGCCUUAUUUUUUUUAACUGCCCGUUUCCUGUUAUGAAGUCUGCUGCCAAAACUCAGUUUUUAAUGUAACGCAGCCCAUCAUACCACGCACACUGCACAGCCUCUGUGUCACACCUUGUUAACUUACGUGUAGAAUAGCAGCGCUGAAAGAUUGUCUUCGAGAGUCAUGACAUUGUUAGAUGAAUGUACGUACCGUCCUCACGUUAGCAUCACCCUUCCACUGUUCGUACAGCAGUGAAGAAAGCAAUGCACCUGUUACUGAACUGUUUAACUUGGGAUAUAUGUAACAGAUAAAACUGUGCUUUUCAGUUCACAUUCUUCCUUGAUAAUGGGUGUUACAGAAUGUUUAUGUGGCAUUUGUACUUGUUUUCGUUGACUUUAAUAAACCGUAAAAGAAAAGAAUUCUGAAAUUUUAAAAUGUAAAUCAAAAAGGUAACAUUAAAAUGAUAAAUGAUCAUA